AUGCAAGGCACUGGAGGCGAUACUCCACUCACUGACCUCUGCACUAUUUGCCAUGCGAACCCCAUCAAAUACACCUGCCCAAGAUGCGGCAUACAUACAUGUUCUCUCCCUUGCGUCCAACGCCACAAGACCUGGGCUCAAUGUUCAGGCAUCAGAAAUCCCGCCGCCUAUCGCCCGCGAACUGAGCUAGCCUCAGCCUCCUCAAUUGACCAAGAUUUCAAUUUCAUCUCCUCCAUCGAGAGAUCCCUGUCCAAAGCCGAUGACCUGGUCCUAGACAGAGGUAUUGAUUUGACCCCAAGUGGUCUCAAAGGACGCUCUCAAGAUGUCAAAUCAAAGUUUGACCAGGAGGUGGAAGAGAGGAGAAUUUGCAUAAUCAAGGCUCCUCAAGGGCUUUCGCGCAGCAAGCAGAACACCUCCCACUGGGCUGGACAGCAUAAAUGUAUCAUGUGGACCAUUGAAUGGCUAUGCUAUGAUGGCGAAAAACGAUUGCAGAAUAUCCCCGGUUCUAAGACUAUUGCCGAAGCCUUCGUGAGUCUUUGGGGCCGGAGGGCCAUUAACCGCAAAAAGCGAAAACGAAGCAUUUCUGAAACAGCUUCUGCCCCAACCAUAAAUUCUGUUACUCCAGCCAAGAAGAGGGAUUUGACCGGGGAGGCCCAACCUUUUCCGCCCAAGGAAGAGAAUAAUCAAGGAAAUACCCUCGACGAUGCAGCCAAUGCCCAGGCUCAGAAACCAAGCCAUGGCUCACAAGAGCGAUUCUCUGACAAUGCAGAAACAUCUCAAGCUAUCGAUCUCACUACCCUGGUGCAGGAUCUUCACUUUUAUCUUCAUCGACCUAAUACCCCUUCUAACUUCAAGUGUCUGAUUCCCAUAUCGCCACUCUCAUCUAUUCAGGAUACCCUUCGAGACAAGACUCUGUUGGAAUUUCCCACCAUCCAUAUCAGAGAUGAAAGUCCCGACCACCUAUCAAAGCCUUAUAUUGCGGAGGAAAAGUACAACGAGAUGCACGGAUCAGAGAUACCGAUAGAGCUGCCAAAGUUUGUAUCCAAGGACACCUCCGCUUUAGAGGGCUCGAAUGAUCUGGGAGGGGUAGACGAAAACCAGGUUCUCGAAGUACUCCAAAAGGAUCUCGUGGGUUGA